AUGCCUCGUCCAUCGACCCGUGAAGAAGUGCUCGCUAGACUGCGCAAGACUGUCGCCGAUGGCUCGAUCAUCGUCGGAGCUGGCGCUGGUAUUGGACUAUCAGCAAAAGCAGUCGAGCAAGGGGGUGCCGACUUGAUACUGGUAUAUAACUCGGGCCGAUUCCGCAUGGCCGGCCGUGGGUCACUGGCCGGUCUGAUGCCAUACUCAGAUGCGAACCAGGUAGUUGUGGAAAUGGCCAGCGAGGUUAUCCCCGUAGUAGAGGACACACCCGUGUUGGCCGGCGUGUGUGGCACAGAUCCAUUCCGCUCAAUGGCACACUUUCUGCCCGAGCUCCAGAAGCUAGGUUUUGUCGGCGUACAGAAUUUCCCAACCGUCGGCCUGAUUGAUGGCCAGUUUCGACAGAAUCUUGAAGAGACGGGAAUGGGCUAUGACCGCGAGGUAGAGAUGAUCGCCACCGCGCACAAACUCGGCCUAGUCACGACGCCAUAUGUCUUUGGUCCGGACGAUGCCGUGCAGAUGGCUCGCGCAGGCGCGGAUAUUAUAGUUGCGCACGCGGGCCUGACUACCUCUGGUGCCAUUGGUGCGCGCAGCGGCAAGACGCUGGAAGAAUGUGUUCCGUUUAUCCAAGGCAUUCGGGAUGCUGCUGUUCAUGUUAAUCCGGAUAUCCUGGUGCUUUGUCAUGGCGGGCCUAUUGCACGGCCUGCAGAUGCCGAGUUUGUUUUAUCGCGCACCGUGGGGGUGCAUGGCUUCUUUGGGGCGAGUAGUAUGGAGAGAUUGCCUGUUGAGGUGGCGAUCAAGGAGAAUGCAGAGGCUUUCAAGGGACUGAAGGUGCGACUGCAAUAA